GAACAACCUCCAUUAUGCUCUCCCCAACAUUGUUCAGUGCCUACGUACUCGUGGGAGCCAUUGUUGCAGUCCUGGUGAAUGUCAUCCGCCAGAUCUUCUUCCGCAACAAAAAUGAGCCUCCAAUGGUGUUUCACUGGGUCCCUUUCGUGGGCAGUACCAUCAGCUAUGGAAUGAAUCCGUAUAAGUUCUUUUUCUCCUGCAGGGAAAAGUACGGCGACAUCUACACCUUCGUGAUGCUCGGAAAAAAGAUGACGGUGUACAUGGGUGUUAAAGGCAACGACUUCAUCCUCAAUGGAAAACUCAAAGACCUCAAUGCAGAGGAGGUUUACAGCCCACUUACAACGCCAGUCUUCGGAUCUGAUGUCGUCUACGAUUGCCCUAAUUCGAAGCUCAUGGAGCAGAAGAAAUUUAUAAAGUUCGGCCUCUCACAAAGCGCGCUCGAAUCGCACGUCCCGUUGAUCGAGAAGGAGGUUUUGGAUUACAUCAAGACAUCUCCUCGGUUUAAGGGAGACUCGGGUGUCCUUGAUGCUCCCGCUGCCAUGGCUGAACUUACAAUCUACACUGCUGGUAGCGCACUACAAGGGAAGGAGGUUCGCAAGAAGCUCACCGCGGAAUUUGCCGACCUCUUCCAUGAUUUGGAGAUGGGCUUUACUCCAAUCAACUUCAUCCUCCCAUGGGCACCGCUUCCACAAAACCGCAAACGUGAUAUCGCUCAUGCUCGCAUGCGAGAGACCUACAUGGAGAUAAUCAACCAACGGCGCAAGAACCCCGAUGCACAAGACCACGAUAUGAUCUGGAACCUGAUGCACAGCACAUACAAGAAUGGAAACCCCGUGCCAGACAAGGAAAUUGCCCAUAUCAUGAUUACCCUGUUGAUGGCUGGCCAGCACUCGUCUUCGUCGAUUAGCGCGUGGAUCCUGCUGCGACUAGCCUCGGAGCCUCAAAUCCUUGAGGAGCUUUACCAAGAGCAGCUUGCCAAUCUUAAGCGUGACCCCCGCACCGGCGCCUUUGAACCUUUGCAAUAUAAAGAUCUUGAUCUUCUCCCGCUGCAUCAGAAUGUCAUCAAGGAGACACUCCGAGUCCAUUUGUCCAUCCACUCCAUCCUCCGCAAGGUGAAGAACCCGAUUCCGGUCCCCGACACUCCCUACAUUAUCCCAACCAGUCAUACCCUCUUGGCUUCUCCCGGUGCAACGGCGCUCAGUGACGAAUACUUUCCCAACGCGAACAUGUGGGAUCCGCAUCGUUGGGAGAAUCAACGGCCUGACAAGGAGGACGAAGAGGGAGAGCUAAUUGAUUAUGGCUAUGGUGCUGUGUCCAAGCGUAUGAGUAGCCCGUAUUUACCCUUCGGCGGCGGUCGACACCGGUGUAUCGGUGAGAAGUUUGCAUACGUCAACUUGGGCGUCAUUGUCGCGACGAUCGUGCGUAACCUGAAGCUCUACAAUGUGGACGGAAAGACGGGGGUUCCUGCGACAGACUACUCGUCUAUGUUCAUGGGGCCUAUGAAGCCGGCCGUUGUUGGCUGGGAACGACGCUUUCCCGCACGUUCAUAG